AAUAACAAUAUAAUCCAAUUCUAUAUCAGCUAAGCUAAGGCCUAAGGGGUGGUCGGAGAAGGAUAACAAUGGCCAAAUUUAUUCUUGUUUUGGCCACCUUCAUUUUCACAGUGAUGAAUACUGCAUAUGCUUUCUCAGCUUCCGGUUGGACCAAUGCCCAUGCCACCUUCUAUGGCGGUAGUGAUGCCUCAGGAACUAUGGGAGGAGCAUGUGGGUAUGGGAAUCUGUAUGCAGCAGGGUAUGGGACGAGAACUGCGGCUUUGAGCACAGCCUUGUUUAAUGAUGGAGCCUCAUGCGGAGAAUGCUACAAGAUCAUCUGCGAUUACAAAGCAGACUCAAGAUGGUGCAUCAAAGGAAGAUCAGUCACCAUAACCGCCACAAACUUUUGCCCUCCUAACUUUGCUCUUCCCAAUAACAAUGGAGGGUGGUGCAACCCACCUCUGAAGCACUUUGAUAUGGCACAACCAGCAUGGGAAAAGAUUGGCAUCUACAGAGGAGGCAUCGUCCCCGUCCUGUUCCAAAGGGUGCCAUGCAAGAAGCAUGGAGGGGUUAGAUUCAGCAUAAAUGGGAGAGACUACUUUGAGUUAGUGUUGAUAAGCAAUGUGGGAGGUGCUGGAUCCAUCCAAUCAGUGUCCAUAAAGGGAUCAAAAAGUGGGUGGAUGGCUAUGUCAAGAAACUGGGGUGCUAACUGGCAAUCCAAUGCAUAUUUGAAUGGCCAAUCUUUGUCAUUCAGGGUCACUACUACUGAUGGAGAAACUAAGCUUUUCAAUGACAUUGUUCCAUCUAACUGGGGAUUUGGCCAAACUUUCUCUAGCCCUCUUCAGUUCUCAUAAGAAUCUUCACAUUUAUUUUUACCAUAACCAGAGCGGCUGAGGCGUGCUUAAUUAUUUUAUUGGAGCAGCCCGCCAUCCUCUUCUUCUUAAUUUGGUGGAUUAGCCCUUAAUCAAGAACAUCAAGGCCGGUGGUACCAUUGUUUCCAAUAAUGUAAUUUCAACUUGUUUAAAUUUAUACCAUAAAUUGUUCUAAUAUGAAUUAAUACUCUUUCUUUGUACCUCUGUUGGAGAAUGUUGAUUCCCUACUAUAAAGUAUUUUCACUGUUGUCUAUCAUUA